AUGGCAAACAGUCUCAAAAAGGCGUUAAAAGUUUCUGCUAGUUAUGACGCUUCAGUAAUAGAUGGCAACAAGAGGCGAAGGGAAUCAGAAGUACUUGAUGGUUCUAAUAUUGUGUCUGAGAAAAUCAAGGCCAUUGAAGAUCUUCGCGACAUGGGAAUUCGUCAGCUACGCGAACAAGCAAUUCUUCGAGGCCUUUCUUCAACUGGGUCAAAGAAAGAACUACUAUACAGGCUAUGUGCAGAGUCAGAGAAAGAGUCAAAGAACUUUAAACCCGAAGGCAAAGAAUUAGAAGAUGAAGAAGAAGAAACAAGCAACAAGGAUGAGAAAGUUACUACGAGUGGCAACAAGGGCACUGCAGUGCUGGAUCAGUAUCUGCCUGAUCAUAUAAGGACACAGUACCAUGUUCUAGAGCAUGGGGAUAGUAUCUAUGAUGCCACGUUGAACCAAACAAAUGUUGGGGAUAAUCAUAACAAGUUCUAUCUGAUUCAAGCCCUUGAAUUUUAUAAUGGUUCUGUUACAUUGGUUUCGUCCCUUAAUGGUAUAAAUUGCAAACCAAUUGCAGAAUCUAAUGACUCUAGCAAGUUCAUGGUGUACACUAGAUGGGGUAGAGUAGGAAUAAAAGGUCAAGACAAGUUGCAAGGCCCUUACACAUCAAGGGGCAGUGCUAUUCAGGAGUUUGAAGCAAAAUUCUUUUCCAAGACGAAGAACCGUUGGCUCAACCGGAAAGAUUUCAUAUGCCACCCAAAGUGCUAUAUUUGGUUGGAAACAGACUAUGAGAUGAACAAAGAGUCACCAGAGCUUUUACUCUUUGAGAAGAUAUAUAGGAGUUGUACCCGUUACUUGCUGGAAAGCAAGAAAACUCUGCGUGCUUAUUAUCUUCCGUUUCUGGGAGCUGUUAUUGCUUUGUACAUUGCGAAGGCUGAUUCUGCUUCUGCUGGGUUUCCUGUUAUGUAUUUUGUUGACAUUUCUAUUCUGCUGAAAUUCCAUGCCAAACGCGAGCCUAUGAUACUCUAUUUCUGCGUCUAG